AUGUGGCCGUCUGGAGCAAGUAAUAGGUUACCUUGUCCCCGGGACUCCGCUCUCAGGAGAGCAGCUUUCUCCGGUCACAUCUCUGCUCUUCCCUCACAUCUGGUACCCACUGGGAAAAGUGUCCGGGUCUUCAUCAGUGCCCACCCUUGAAGGUAAUUAAGGGAUUCAGAAGCAGAAAGAAACUCAUUAAGGGAACACGUGUAUCCAAAACUGAGAGAGUUCUGCAGAGAAAAUUAUGGACUGGAGUUUCAGGUAAUAGAUUUGUAUUGGGGAGUGCCACCUGAGGAAUGGGAUAGCCCUGAACUUCAGAAGACUCGUAUGAGGCUGUUGGAAGAGUGUCUGAAAACUUCUGCUGGUCCAUGUUUUGUUGGUCUGCUUGGAGAAAAAUAUGGAACCUUACGAAUCCCUGGAGAGGUGGAAUCCUCAGAAUUUGAAAUGAUUCUGGAUGCUGCCAUUGAAGCCAAACUAGAAACCAGGAUAUUAGAGGAAUGGUACUGCAGGGACGAGAAUGCUGUGCCGCCAGCGUAUUACCUCAGAUCAAAAUCAGAAAUGCUGAAGAAUCAGCACAAUCCUAUAGAUUUGUCUACCAAGUCUGAGAAUGAAAAGAAGUGGAGAGCAGUGGCAGAAGAAAUAAAGCAAAUUUUCAGUACUGCUGUGAAAUUGCUUCAGGAGAACGGGAAGCUGAAACCCAGCCAAGCAAAGAGAUAUUUAUCUUCUGCAUUGGAAGAUGAAUUUGACUUUGCACUAGGAAAGCAAACUGCAGCUUUCUUGAAAAAGUGUGUCUGCUACAUCCGAAAAAUUUCAAACAUUGAACGCCACGUAAAAAUUCCAGAGAUGGGAAAAUAUACAGAUGUCAUUAAAGUAGACAGUAAAGUUAUGCGUGAUCAAGAAGCCCUGGAAAAGCUUAUUAAGCUCAGGGAUGAGUUUAUUCCAACGAUUGUUGCAUCAGCAAAUCUACGAGUCUACACGUCUGUUACCCAUUGCGACAUGAAGCUGGGUUAUUCACAAGAGGUAGAAAAUCACUACGUUGAAGGACUUGGGAAGCAACUGUAUGAAGACAUGAUAGAUAUAAUUCAGGCAACUGUGCAGCAGAAUUUUGAUACGGAAACAGAUAAUCUUUAUGAUGAAAUUUUGCAACACUUGUCUCUUUGUAAAAAUUACUCUUCCUUCUAUGAGUACAGGUGUGAAGCACUAAAUCAUGUACACAAGUACAUGCAAACAUGCAAAUCAGGAUAUAUAACCCCUCUCAUAAUAUAUGGGGGGCCGUGCACUGGAAAAACUCUUUUACUAGCCGAAGUAGCAAAAAAGGCCUGCUCAUGGUUUCAGGAAGAAAUGGGACCAAAUUCUGAUCCUGUAGUCAUUGUAAGAUUUCUAGGAUCUACAGAAAUGAGUUCUGAAUUAUCCUGCCUGCUGCAAACUAUAUGUGAACAAUUAGCAGUGAACUACAGAUGUUUACGACAAAGCCUUCCAAAGAAGGUUCUAGACCUCCAAGAACUAUUUUUAAAUUUAUUGAAUAAGUCUUCAUUUCACAGACCAUUGAUCCUCAUAUUGGAUAGUCUUGAACAACUUUCAGAUGCUGAUGAUGCCAGAAAACUUUGGUGGUUGCCUAUCCAGCUUCCACGAACAGUUCGUAUAAUCAUAUCCACUCUGCCAAAGAAGCAUGGAAUCCUCCAAAAAUUAAGGUGCCUUAUACACAAUGAGGAUAAUUACAUUGAGCUUAUUCCUAGGGAUAGAAAAAUGUGCAGCCAAAUACUUAAACAUCAGCUUCUCCGAGUUAAAAGGAAAGUAACUUCAGGGCAACAAAUCUAUGUCAAUGAAGCUUUUUCAAGAUGCACUCUGCCCAUGUUUGUCAACUUAACAUUUAGAGAAGUCAGAAACUGGCGAUCUCAUAAAGAUGUUGAUGGAUCAUCUCUUUGUUUUACAGUUCAUGAGAAUAUAGAGCACUUGUUUUGGUUGCUUGAAAACAAAUGUGGGCCCAGGCUGGUCUCAAGGGCUCUUGGCUAUAUUACAAUGGCAAGAACUGGGCUUAGUGAAGUAGAACUGGAAGACAUUUUGGCUCUUGACAAUAGUGUAAUGGAGGAGGUCCUGGCUAACAUGAAUCCCUCAAAUCCAUUAAGGGUACCAUAUAUGAUAAUUGCACAACUUAAAGAGGAUCUCACUGGAUAUUUGAUAGAGAGACAAGUACGAAAUGUUACACUCCUAGUUUGGUCCAACAGACACCUACACUUUGUUGCACAAAAAUUGUAUCUCAGCAACGAGGAUGAUUUACACGAAAUGCAUAUUAAUAUGGCAGAAUACUUUUUAGGUGUUUGGGCUGGAGGAAGACAGAAACCCUUCUACACUGAGCAUCAUUAUUUUGAAAAUUGUAUUCAGAAUGAAAGAAGGAAUGUUAAUGAUGAGGAACGGCACUACAAUAAUGAGACAUCAUUUGAUAGGCAAGCUCCUGAGCAGCCAUGGGCAUUUCAAUGCAAUCCUCUGGAGCCUGAUAUAUUUUUUAUAAACCACAGAAAGAUGACAGAACUUCUACAUCAUUUGACAAGAUGUGGGAUGACUGAUGAACUAAUGUCGGGUAUUACCAUGAAUUUUAGCUGGCUUUACACAAUGAUCAAAAUAGGACAAUUUGAUAAAGCACUGGCGGACAUUGAGCUUGCAUAUAAUUACUCCCAAGAGAAAGAGCUGAAAUUUCUUGCAAGCACAUUGCAAAGUAUAAAAAAUAAAGUAUUAAAAUAUCCAGGAACACUUUCUGCCGAAUUGCAACAAAUCCUUCUCCCUGUUGUAAGUUCUUUGCCUAAAUUCCGAAAUCUUCUUUUAGAAUGUGAUAAAGAAGGACCUAAAUACUGUUGUAUUGUUCCCAUGCACUCUUCUAUGGAUGUGACUUACAGUCCAGAGAGACUUACCUUGUCAUCAAGCUCAUCUCAUAUCACAGAAGUCCUUCCUACCUACAAUCCAAACAUAAUAAUUGCUGCACUUGAAAAUGGCUCUAUCAGCACUUGGGAUGUUGAAUCUAGGCAACUUCUUAGACAAAUCACAACUGCACAAUUUGUAAUAAUAGGUAUGAAGAUUACAACUGAUGAAAAAUAUCUUGUAGUAGCUACAACAAAUAACACACUAUUAAUUUAUGACAACCUAAAUUCUUGCCUAUUGUCAGAAGUAGAAGUUAAAAGAUCCAAACAAAGCAGCAUUGGAGGGGGAACAAAUGUGAUUAAUGGUUUUACAUUGUCAAACACAUAUGCUCUUGCUUGGUUGGAAGCCAGCAAGGAUGUUAAUGUUAUAGAUUUGCUUUAUGGUUGGCCUCUAUAUAAUUUUCACUGUUGGUAUGAAGUAACUUGUAUACAGUGUUCUCCAGAUGGAUUAUACGCAUUCUGUGGACAGUACCUCAAUACAACUACAAUAUUCCAUUUAGGUAGCGGAGAAAAGUUGGCAACUGUAACAUCUGAAUUUUCUGGAGGGUUUGUAAAAUGUAUCCUUGUCCUAGAUGCAACUCAAGAACUGGUUGUUAUUGACAAUGAAGGGAGCCUUUCUGUUUGGAAUACAGAAGAGAUAACAAACCCCCAGUUAACUGAAGAAUUUGAUUGUACCAAGGAAGACAGUGAUGUUAUUAGCACUGAACUUUCUGAAGACCAAAGUGCAAUUCUUAUCUGCAAAGUAUCAAGCCUUGAACUCCUUGAUGCACGCAUGUGGAAGAUUACUGAUAAGUUCAAGGCAAAACAUAGUGAGCGGUUCAUAUCUGCUGUACUCUCCAGAAAUUGUGACUGUAUAAUUGCUUCCAUGGAAAAUACCUCAUCAAUUUUUAUUUGGAGAAGAGAUACAGGACAGUGCAUGGCCAGCCUAGAAGAAAUCUCAGGAAAUAUUGUAAAGUUAGUGAAAUCCAGCCAUCAUAAUUUACUUCUUUCUUUGACUAUCAGCGGUGUCCUUUCCAUUUGGGAUAUUGAUAUUAUAACAGCAAUGUCCAAUAUAGACAAGACAGGUAGAGCUCUCCAAACUGUAUUAAUGUCCAGCAGAGGAGACUAUAUUUACACACUAGAUGGGAGUGAAUCAGUUCAAAAGUGGAGUUCUAACACAGGGUAUAUUGAAUCUGUUUUUAAACAUGAAGGUCUUGUGGAAAAUUGUGUGCUUACAGCCACAGGAGAAUUGAUGGUUACAUCAGAUGAUAAAUGCAGUCAAUAUGUCUGGCACACUGGUACUGGCGAAAAUCUAUUCAGGAUUAGUGGACAAAGGAUAUCUCAGCUGCUGAUUACACAUAAUGAUCAAUUUAUUGUAUCUCUUUGUGAACAAAAUGCAUCCAGAGUGUGGAGACUUGCGACAGGACAUAAAGUUUGUAAUAUCCUAGCUGCCUUAAACAAUGGACUUAUAACAACUGCAAACACUUUUUUAGUUGGUAUGACCAAGAACAAACUUUUAGCUGUAAGUUUAUGGACAGGAAGCAUAACAAAAAAAUACUAUUGUGACGAUGGUGCAACUAUUGUUACUUUUAAAUUGGUCCCAGACUCUCCAGAUUUUGUUGUUUUUAUUACAUCCACAGAAACAGUGAAUAUCUGGAGCUUAGCAGAGGAGGCAAUAUGCAGGAGAGUUCAGCUACCAAGUAAUUUCCUAAAAAAUCUUGAAGAUUUUGAAAUCUCUCCUAAUGGAAAAUUUGGAAUCAUUACACAUGGAGAUGAAAAAAUCAAUGUUCUUGAUUUACACAGUGGCAAAAUUCGAAUUGUCCUUGCAUCCGGCAUCAUAUGGAAGCAGAACUUGUCUUGUGAUGGGCGUUAUCUUGUUUACAUUUGUUUCCGUGGCGGAGAAGAGUAUGAUGAUAACUCUGUCUCCAGCUUAAUAGUAAUGAGACUUGCAGACGGAAAAGACAUUGGUGCUUGUUCCCUAUAUAAAGCCCCAUCUUUUCUUGCGGUUUCGCAGAGACAUCUCAAUAUUAUUGUAGGAUUUGAUGAUGGAAGCCUUGGUACUUACACAGUAGUGGACCGAGUUGAUGCAACUUUGAAGAUAAAAAUUGCCACUUCAAAUAGCCGUCAAAUUUUCAAUAAUAAAUCACAAAUUUUUCGACCAAAAUGCAACAUUUGCAAUUUUAAAAUUACACCAGACUGCUUAUGGAGGGAAUCAACAGAAGUGUUUUCCCGAGACAGUCCUAUCACUGUUUCAGAUUCUGGAGAAGGAACAGACACAACACCCACCAAAAAACAUAACUUUUGCUACGAGAAAAUGUGCUCUGCCAUUGAUUGUAGGGGACAAAAUUUUGCUGCUGAUAACUGA